AUGACGCCAGAGACCGCAGCCUACGCAACCAAGGCUAGUGACUUGCUCACAGACAUUGAGCGCGGCCAGCGCAUCUUGGCAGGCGGCUCGCUCGUCUCGACGGCGCCCGGCAUGGUGCACGCGACGCUCGUCUGGAAGCAGCGUGACCUCAUCAAUGGCACGAACGUUGUGACGCAGGCACAGCACAUCGUCCAUGGCGACACGGUCUUCCGCGGUCUUCCCACGAGCUACGACGCCAAGGCUGUGAGU